UGUCAUUAACAUCCUCAAUAAAUAACUUACAAUGCAGUCAUAUCCAUAUAACAUGGGCAAAAUCUCAAUUUGAUAUUAAUUAUAUUAAUAACCAUGAUUUUUAAAAUUAAAAGAAUAUAUAAUAAUAUUAUUUAUUUAUUUAUUUUGAUACUAUAAAUUUGACGUGUAUAACGGGGUUGAGAGCAAAGGUGUGAAAUAUUCACAGGAUAGGAGCUCAUGGCCUUGAAUUCACAAAAUGUUUUUGACCUUCUGACUCAGUCCAUAUAUCGUAAACCAAAGCAAUCACAACAGGGUCAACCAUUUUUGCAUUAAACAACCUCCCUCACAUACUUACCCACUUCACUAUCUUUCCUUUUUUCUUUUUUUGGUUUUUUUUAGAAAGAAAAAGAGGCCACUCUCCCCCAAAACCAAACCCACUCAACCGACGCACCACCACCACCAUGAAUUCAUGGUCCUCACCCUGACCACCACCACCAUGGUUCCUGCUCUGUCGCCACACAACGGCUUCUUCUGGCCGCCUUCGCUGGCUCCGGCACCGGCCCCAACCACUCGCACUGCUAUCAUCACCACCAUCCUCCCUGCCGCAAACGGACCCACCCCUGCUCUCACCCAAUCCUCAUCGCCGCCGCCGUCUAAAUUGCCGGUGGACUUCAGUCCGCCUUUGAUCGCCAUGGUGGUCGUCGUAGCCACCGCCUUUCUCGUCGUCACCUACUCACGUCUUAUCUCCCGCCACGUCAUCCCUCCCGUGAUUCAGUUCCUACGGCGAUGGAGACGACGUCGCCGCCGCCACCUCCCGUCUUCCGCCGGCGACCUCGACUCGCUUCCUUUCGACUCGCCGUUCGAGACCAGCGAUGGAUUCCACGUGUUCUCUCCCUACGGGCUCGACGACUCCGUCAUCAAGACCAUACCUCUUUCCCUCUACACCACCAAGAACAGGCUUGGCAGCCGUGACUGCGCCGUUUGCUUGAUCGAGUUCGAAGACGACGACUACGUACGGACUCUCCCAGUCUGUUCCCACGCCUUCCACGUGGAUUGCAUAGACAUGUGGCUUAGGUCUCACGCCAACUGUCCUCUCUGCCGCGCUGGAAUAUUCCGUCCGGAAUCUCCGUUCGUCCCGGUCAUGGCAGCGAGAAUCCGGCCGAGCCUCGACGACGCCGUAUUGCGUAGCAUUGCUCUCGAACCUCUCAACGAAGUUCCUGCACGGGAUUCCGUAUCGACGGUGACGGAGAUCACUCCCUGCGUUGAGGAAUCAUCACCGCGGAGGAACAAUUACAGCUACAUUGACAACUUCCAUAACUCGGAGGACCGAAUCAACGGCCGAGAUUUCUUGCUGAAGCGUUCUUACUCGUUCGGAUUCGAACGGAGCUCCAUAUCGAAGAGGAUGAUGGUAAUGGAGCCGGCGACGACGUCUCCAUGGCGAUACCGGAGAGGAAGCUUCUGGAGCAAAAGACCAUCGCCGUUCGGAUCGCUGAGCAAGCCGAGAGUCUUCUCGUUCAGAUACUACAGGGGGAUGAAGUCGCCGUUCUUCCGCCGGAGAGGAUUCUUCCCGCUGUCGGAAUCGAGCGCGAGGUUCUCUGGCGGAGGAGGUUCGUCGCGGCGGAGCAAGUCGAUGACGAGCCCGAUGUUCAUGAGACCGUCUCCAUUAGCGUCGGCGGCGGUUUUCUCGUCGAGCCGGUUGAGGUGCGGUGAUCCCGAGGCGUUACUGUCACCGGAGAGGUUUAACCGUAGAUAGACAAAAAGAAUAUUUUUAUUUUAUUUUAUUUUAUUUUGUUUCUGAAAGGAAAGGCCAAAAAAGAAGCAUGACACGUGGAGGAACGAGAUUAAAUGAUCGUGGGUCGAACGGACGGUCGGAGAUUGGACGGUGACGGUGAAGAAAUGGAAGGAGGGAAGAAUGGGGUCGGGAAGGGCUUUUAAUGGAGAGAAGGAGACGGGAAAUGCGAAGAAGAGAGAGAGAGAGAGUUUUAAUGAGGGAGUCUGGCAAUUUGUAGAAGUCAUUAAAUGGAGGGGCAGCAUCGGCAAUUAAUGUCCAAAAUUGACGACACACACCCAAAAAACAAAAUUUAAAAAAAAAAAAGGAUUGAAAGAGCCAAAAAUAAACCGGGUUGAAGGGUUUAUUUUAAUUUUAUUGAUCCAAAUGUUGAAAUUGGUGGUGAUUUUGGAAUUUGGGGUUUUGGGUGCCUCAUAAAUGUCAUUGAGGGGUGGUGAUGGUGGUGAAGGCGUUGGGGUUUGGUCCAUUGUCAUUUAAUUUCAUUUGGAAUCUCAUUUGCUUUCUCUUCCUUCUUAAAAUCCCCACCGACUCCAGCCCCAUGUGGAUUCAAAAAAAAAUUUUAAAAAAACCAAAACAAAUGCCUAACGGCCAAAUCUUUCACAAUUACUCUUUUUUUGUAGUUUGUAUGUAGCAAUUUUUUUUCUUCCCCCUCGUUGAAUAGAAAUGUUUAUGAUUCACUACAUUUUUUUA